GCGGGCGCGCGCCGCCUGGCCCGGCGGAAAGUUUUCCUGGAGGAGUUUUGGCGGCGGCAGCGGCGGCGGCGGCGGCAACCGGAGCGGGCCAUGGACGCACUCAAGUCGGCGGGGCGCGCGCUGAUCCGGAGCCCCAGUCUGGCCAAGCAGAGCUGGGCGGGCGGCCGGCACCGCAAGUUGCCAGAGAACUGGACGGACACUCGGGAGACACUGCUGGAGGGCAUGGUUUUCAGCCUCAAGUACCUUGGUAUGACGCUGGUGGAGAGGCCCAAGGGUGAGGAGCUGUCUGCAGCUGCUGUCAAGAGGAUCGUGGCCACAGCCAAGGCCAGCGGGAAGAAGCUGCAGAAAGUAACACUCAAGGUGUCGCCCCGGGGGAUCAUCCUGACGGACAGCCUCACUAGCCAGCUCAUUGAGAACGUGUCCAUUUACAGGAUCUCCUACUGCACUGCGGACAAGAUGCACGACAAGGUGUUCGCGUACAUCGCCCAGAGCCAGCAGAAUGAGAGCCUGGAGUGUCACGCCUUCCUCUGCACCAAGCGGAAAGUGGCACAAGCCGUCACCCUGACUGUAGCCCAAGCCUUCAAAGUUGCCUUUGAGUUUUGGCAGGUGUCCAAGGAAGAGAGAGAGAAGAGAGAGAAAGCCAACCAGGAGGGAGGAGACGUCCCAGGCACCCGACGCGACAGCGCCCCCCCAUUGAAAACCUUGGUUGCUACUGGGAAUCUGCUGGAUUUGGAAGAGGUGGCUAAGGCCCCGUUGUCUACAGUCAGCGCUAACACCAACAACGUGGACGAGCUGCCGCCGCGGCCUCAAGUCUUGGGCAGCAACAGUGUCGUCUGGGAACUGGAUGAUGGCCUGGAUGAAGCCUUUUCAAGGCUGGCCCAGUCACGGACAAACCCUCAAGUUCUGGACACUGGAUUGUCAGCACAGGACAUCCAUUAUGCACAGUGCUUAUCGCCCACCGACUGGGACAAGCCUGACAGCGGUGGCAUCGAUCAGGACGACGUCUUCAGCUUCUGAGGGCCCAAGGCUGGCCGUACAUGUGACGGACCACAAGCCACCUGCAGCAGGCAACCAGCUCCAGGAGCCAUCGGCUGCCUUUGGCCCAUGGCAUCAGAGCCUGCAGAUUGGAGUUGCACGGUCACACAGGGAGAGGGCUGGAAAGAUGCCUGGGUAGCCAGUUGGUGACUCCUGGUUUAUGCUCGGAAACCAGGUUUGAUUCAUGCACUCAGUGUGUGGAGUGGGGGACGGGCCUGGCCUCCUGGCCUCUCUCCUGGAGCCAGUGCCCCCUCCUGCUGUGGGUGUCAGGACGAUGACCAAAGCCUUGCUUGUUCCUUUUCUCGGGGCAUCCUCACUCCUGAAGCAGUAAGUGCCUGUCGCUCUUUGUGGACUGGACAGGACAUGGCUUUCAGGGAAGUUGGGGUCCUCAGGCUCGGCUUCCUCGGGGUCGAGUAGCUGAGGCUCUCAAAGAGGCAGCCCCUGACCAAAGACACAUGUAACUCUGCACUUUAACUCUCACGGAGUGGCCAUGGUUCGAGGUCGGUGAUGGUGCUUUGGGAGUAGAGCUCGCCUCCCACCCUCCCUCCCUCCUCAAGGGGCCCCAGUCCCUGACGAUGCCCAUACAGUGCUAGGACCUAGUGUACCAGCGUCACUGCAACUGCGGAGAUCACAUCUGUGGCUCCUCGGAUCCCCUCAACAGGCAAAGCUGGGCCUGCUCUUCUGUUUUGUCUGUAUGUCCUUGUGUGUGCUCCAUUUUCUGCCUCCCCAUAAUUCCUGGGAUAAUACCAAAGCCUAGUACUGGGUUGUGGCAGGUUAUUUUGCAUCCAUUUUACAGAGAAAGAAACCGAGGCAACACAUGUGGAGGGGUGGAGUUGAGAAUGGAACCCAGAUCUGAUACCAAAGCCGCUGUCUGUGCUGCCACCUCGCAGCCCACGCCUCUUUCUCUUUGGCUUUGUUGUCCUCCCAGGAACCAGAACUCCCCAGCUAUUUUCUGACCAAAAUGUGUUUCAUAACAAGCCAUCUGGUGCCUUUCCACACAGCGCUGGCGCCGGCCGCCAUGCCCUGCUAGCUGUUAACGCUGCUGACUUCUGGGCAGAUGUGUUUUGAAGUCUGUUAAUUCCACGGGUGAAAUGGUGUCCUGCUCUAGAAACAUCUCGCUGUCCUUUCCUGACCUGCAGCCCUAGUGGUCCUUCAACCCUAGCUGGUGGUCGGACGGUCCAGUGGUGAGCUUCCCUUAGUCUCUCUUUUCUCCCUUCACUGGUCCUGUGGCCUCUGGCAUCCUGAACCUCAGCCAAACCACAAAUAUCUUUCCAUUGCAAGAAGCCCCCAGUGAAAGCAGGUCCCAGUAUCCCCAGGAAAAAAACACUCUCCCUGAGUGGCUGAGGAGGGCACCUGGAGAAUUCUCGCUAGAGGAAAGGUUGCCAGCUCCUUUUCCCCCUGCUCCCAGCCCAGGCGGCCAGGGUCCGGGCAUGCGGGAACUGCCAUGGUGCUGACAGGCUGUCUGCCUCCCAUGCCUACUGCCUUGUGAUGCUGCCGUGUGAUGCUGGAAAGGCAGUUCUGCCUAGGAAACAAUAAAUGUUCCCUUUCUGAGUGUGAGCGC